AUGGCCUCAAACAAGCAAGCAGACAGUGAUGAUGUUAUCAUCACUGGGACAGAUCUUUCAGAAAUUACUCAACUCAAAUGUUUCUUACAUAAUCAAUUUAAGAUAAAAGACUUGGGAAAGCUGUAUUACUUUCUUGGUUUGGAGGUUCUUUACACAGGUAAUGGUGUGAUAAUAUCUCAAAGUAAGUUUGCAUUAGACUCACUCAAAGAAUAUGACUGUCUUUCUUAUAGUAGCAUCUCCACUCCCCUUGAUCCAAAUGAAAAGUUGAGAGCUAAAGAAGGAGCAGCAUUGCCAGAUCCUACCUACUACAGGAAAUUGGUGGGAAAAUUGAAUUUCCUCACCAAUACCAAACUGGACAUAGCUUUCAGUGUACAUCAUCUUAGCCAAAUCAUGCAAGACCCCAGGGAGCCACAUUUGAAAGCAGUUUUCCACUUGCUUAGGUAUCUGAAGAAUGAUCCAACUCUGGGAAUUUUUCUAUCUAAUGACUCUGAUUGUAGCCUGAAGGGUUAUUGUGAUUCAGACUGGGCUGCUUGCCCAGACUCUAGGAGACUAUUUGAUGAGCUCAAUAUUCCUUAUCCUAAACCAGUCUCAGUGUUUUGUGACAGUCAAUCUGCCUUACACAUGGCUCGUAAUCCUGUUUUCCAUGAACGAACCAAGCAUAUUGAGGUCGAUUGCCACUUUGUGCGAGAUAAGCUCCAAGAGAAGUUGAUUUCUCUCCAUCAUGUUGAUACUGGUGCUCAGUUAGCAGAUGUCCUCACUAAAGCUCUCACUCGUGUCAAGCACUCUACAAUAUUGAACAAGUUGGGUGUGAAGACUUCACCUCCAACUUGA